AUGGUCGCGGCGAACAAGGAAAAAGAGGUUCACGAUGCUAGGCUGAGGGUCAAGAGACCCAACAAUUUCUGGUCACCUUUCAGUACAUGGUGGCGUCAACAUCACGAUGCCACCGGUAGACGUGCGACAACCGCUGAAAUCCGGGAGUGGUACUACCUGCAUGCGCAUAUAAUUUGGCCAGCGGAGCAGCUGCCCGAAAUUGAUGAGCUGCUAAAGCUUUCAAAGGGCAUGCGUACCCUGCAGCAAGUGAAAGAGUAUUUUCGUUCCUACCGCCGAGCGUGCAAAAGUCGCAAGAUCGGUUAUGGUAGCUCUUGUGCAGCUUGCCUGGGAAGUCAAGGGGGUAGCGAGGCUACCCAGUAUCAGCAACAAGUAUGCAUGUGCGAAGAAUGCUGCCGCAGCCACUUGGGCAUCUGUGAGCUGCCGUAUCCGCCAAUAGACGAAUCCGCCAAUGCUUGUGGCGGCCAAUCUGCGCGUGUUCUCUCGUCUGUGAUGAGCAACGAAGCGUGCACAACUCCGCAGCCACACCAGCAGCGCUACCGGUACGAGGAGCAACAGCAGGAAUCCGAGCAGCACCCCGAGCUGUACCAGCCAUACCAUCACCCGGCAUUACCGCACCUGCUGCAACAGCCACGGCAGCAGGUGAUGCAGGAGACGUCAAUGACUCCUCCGCGUCAUCAGGAGCGACAGGAAGGUUACUGGAAACCGGCUGCCUUAUGGUACGACGCCACCGCACCCAGCACAGCGCCGCCGUGCUACGGCUAUCCCCCAGCCUACCCGCCGUACCAUGCUAUGUACCAAGCCCCGUACGGCUACGAAUACUUCCUGGCACAGCCUAUGGAUGGCACGAGCCAGCUGGUGGCCGUCUACCAUGGGCCGGUGCCGCCUUAUCCUGAGGCAGAGUACGGCGUACGGCCUGUGUGGCCCACGGCUGCAUCACCUGCUGUCCGCGCCGCGCCAGAUCCUGCGGUGACGUCGACACCGCCACCGCCGCCGUCGGGUUGGCGCAGGGUCGCUUCUACCGUUCCUGAGGGUCUUCCGCAGUCUCGUUACAGAGGUGAGCCAGGAGGGGAGGAGGCAGGAAAUUUUAUGGCCGUUGGAGAGGAGGGUCUCUGCUUGGAAAAUCUACGGCGGUCGCUCUUCAAGCCUGAGCCAGCGGAGAGCGGCGCUGGGGCGUCGCCGGGGCAAGGACCAGGGCGGCACGUGCAGACCGCCGAGAUGAAGAUGGAAGACUUUGAAGACGCGGAUCUGGCUGCUGAUUUGUACUUCAUUUUGGGAGGAAAGGAAGGUGUUGUUUAA